AUGGAGUCAAUCCUCCAGCACCGUAGGAUCCGCAGAAAGAUCCAGCAACAAUUUGUUACAAAGCAUGAGAAGCCCGAGGAUGUCUGGACCCAUGAAGGCCGCUACUAUUACCGUGAAGGAGAGAUUCACACGGAACCUCGCGAGCCGACUGAUGACUUGGAUGCCUCACGAAGGAGGGAACAUGGCAGUCGCACUUUUAUCACCGGGCCAUCCCUUCAACCUCGCCAUUCCGUUCGAUCACACAUAGAGCGGGAAGGAGAUGUCGAGGGUGCCGAAUACGAACCGGGAAUCGCAAACGAUCCGCAUACCAUCAACUCAGAAGAGACCCUGGGAAACACGCCUGAUAUUAUGGUGACUGGCGUUGAAAGACCUCGGCCGGGUUAUCCUUCGACGGAUAACGAAUCUGAUAUUGAGUCGGUGAAAAAGAACAAACUCAUUGUCGUCACAUUUGAAGGCGAGUGUGACACGAUGGAUCCUCACAACUGGUCACUCAAACGUCGAGUGUGGACGACUAUUAUCACUUCGAUGACUGGAUUUGUAAUCUUCUGGUCAUCCACGAUCGAUGCCACUGCUCUCACAUCAACCAAGAAACUGUUUCAUACUACCUUUGAGGUCCAGACUUUGCCGACUGCUAUGUUCUUAAUUGGUUCUGGAGUAGGGGCAUUGAUAACAGGGCCUAUAUCAGAAGUCGUUGGACGCACCCCCGUGUAUAUACCCGCCAUGAUCGGGUUUAUGUUGUUUGACAUGGGCGCAGGGCUUUCCAAAACAGUGGUACAGCGAAUCGUUUGCCGCGGUCUAGCUGGACUUUUCGGGUCUGCCCCGGCGGUUAUAGCAGCAGCAUCCAUCGUGGACAUCUGGUCACGCGUUGAACGAGUCUACACCUUCCCGAUCUUUUCGAUAAUCAUAUUCACUGGUCCGUUGGUCGGCCCAGUACCAGGAGCAUUCGCCGUCCAUGCUGAAUCGGCAGGCUGGCGCUGGGUGGACUGGAUGACUAUCAUUCUCGCAGGACUUAUCCUGAUCCCAGUUCUGCUGUUCCUGCCCGAGACAUACAGCCCAAUCCUGCUGUACUGGAAAGCGAAAGAGCUCCGCCGCCUGACAGGGGACGACCGGUACCGGUCCCCGCUGGAGUUCAGAAAAGCCACGUUCGUCCACCGUAUGCGUACCUCGCUCUACCGACCACUGGUGCUUUUUGUGACAGAACCAAUCAUUAUGAUCCACUCGCUCUCUCUCUCCCUCCUCUUCUUGAUCCUGUACACCUUCAUCGCGGGCUACGUCUCCAUCUAUGGAAAAGCAAACAACUUCAGCGCGACCUCGACCGCCCUCGCAUUCCUGGCCAUUGAGGUUGGAGUCAUUCUUUCAGCACUGACAUUCCCAAUUUCAAUGUGGCUCCUCCGUAGGGAUAUCUACCGCAGCCGUGCGAGAGGCCAAAAGCGCCCAGACCCGGAGAUCAGUCUGUACAUGGCCAUGUUCGGUGCGCCUUUUAUCCCCAUCUCGCUAUUCUGGAUGGCCUGGACGGCCAGGCUCUCGAUUUCUUUCUGGAGCCCGCUCAUCGCUUCGGUAUUCUACGGCUUUGGGACAUUGUGUGUUUUCGUCUCGGCCUACCAGUACGUCGCCGAUGCGUUCGAGGAACAUGCUGCAAGCGCGCUUUCUUGUCUUCAAAUGACACGGCUUGUUACUGCCGGUAUUAUGGCUAUUAUCGCGGAAAUCAUGUAUACCAACCUUGGCGUUGCAUGGGCAUUGACUCUGUUGGGUUGCCUUUCGUUGUUGUUUUUGCCUAUUCCUUAUUUGCUCUACUGGAAGGGGUAUAAAAUACGCUCGUGGAGUCGGUAUGCACGCAGGAAUGAGCAGAGCUAA